GAUCUAAAUGGGUUGAAGAGUUCAAGCAAUAGGCAUGUUACAUGAGACAACUAUCUUGAGAAUGGCUGAACAUAUCGAGCUGUCCUCUGAUAAGUUUUCUUCAAAACCCUUGUAAGGUGGUUUUCUAGAAAAUCAGAAACCUGGUUUUUCAGUACCAAGAACUUUCAAAGCAGUUUUGUUUUAACAACGUAAAAUGAUAGAGCAGCCAAUUCUCUACAAAAUGAAGCAUCUCCGAGCUCUCUACGACACUUUUUGGCCGAGCUGUAUCAAUUUUACGGACGACCUAAAAGUCUUUUUUUUCGGUUUUUCAUAGAGAAUCGCAAAAAAAACGACGUUUAGGUCUUCUGUAAAGUUGAUACAGCUCGGCAAAAAACCAUCUUGGAGAGCUCGGAGAUGUCUCAUUUUGCAGAGAAUUGGCUGCUCUAUCAUUCUACGUUGUUAAAACAAGACUGUUUUGAAAGUUCUUGGUACUGAAAAACCAGGUUUCGGGUUUUCUAGAAAACCACCUUACAAGGGUUUUGAAGAAAACUUAUCAGAGGACAGCUCGAUAUGUUCAGCCAUUCUCAAGCUAGUUUUCUCAUGUAACAUGCCUAUUGAGAAUAAAAAUUCUACGUCAGAUUAGCCUUCUAAAAAUAUUAGUUUUUCAUUUUAGACUGGAACAUUUUCAUUGAAAAAUAUUGUCUUUGAUGCACAUCCUGGAGAUCUUAUAUGUAUUAUUGGUCCAGUUGGAUCUGGAAAAAGUUCUCUUUUACAAACAUUAACAGGUGAAAUAGCUCAUUUUGAUGGUAAAGUUCGAUUAAAUGGAUCAUAUUGUUAUGUUCCACAAGAACCAUGGAUAUUUUCAUCAUCAAUCAAAAAUAAUAUUCUUUUUGGUAAAGAAUAUGAUCAAAAAUUAUUUCAACGUAUUAUUAAUGUUACUGCAUUGGAUACAGAUGUAAUGCAAUGGUCACAUGGUAUAAAUACUCUUGUUGGUGAUCAAGGUAUUAUGUUGUCUGGUGGUCAAAAAGCAAGAGUAAAUAUGGCAAGAUCAUUGUAUCAUGAUGCUGAUAUCUAUUUAUUAGAUGAUCCACUUUCUGCUGUUGAUGCUAAAGUAUCAAAACAUCUUUUUGAUAAAUCGAUUAAAAGUUAUCUUCAUGAUAAAAUUUGUAUUCUAGUUACUCAUCAAAUUCAAUUCUUACAAGAUGCAACUAAAAUUAUUGUUCUUGAUAAUGGUGAAAUGAUACAAAUGGGUACAUAUGCAGAAUUACUUUCUACUUCAAAAUCAUUUGCUCGUCUCCUUGAGGAUAUUAAUCAACAUGAACAAGAAUAUGAAGAACAAUCAAAAAUUGAUUUGAUUAGUUCAAUAAAAGAUGAUGAAGAAGAUAUAAAAUUAUUACCAACAAAUAUUGAAAUAAAACAAGAAGGAAUAGUGAAAUGGAAUGUUUAUAUAUCAUAUCUUCGAGCUGGUAUUGGUGGAUUUUUAGGUUUUUUAUUAUUGUUAAUUAUAUUCUCUAUACAACAAGCAAUAUCUUUAUCAAGUAAUUGGUGGUUAGCAGAAUGGAGUAAUGAUGAAAGUCAUCGACAUCGUCUUUAUAAUAAUUGUACAUAUAUAAAUGAUUUAAAAAUUAAUAAAAUACGUUCAAUGAAUGACAAUGAAUGGAAUGAACAUCGAAAUCGACGAUUUUAUAUCUUUUGUGGUAUUGUGGCUGUACUCUUUAUAGUUACACUUUUACGAGUAGUCACGACAGAAUUUAUAUGUUUAAAUGCUGCACGAAUAUUACAUAACAAAAUGUUUCAACGACUUAUUAGAUUUCCAAUACGUUUUUUUGAUAUUAAUCCAGUUGGUCGUAUUCUUAAUCGUUUUACAAAAGAUAUAGCUAUUAUGGAUGAUAAUCUUCCAUUGAAUAUGUUCGAUUUUCUUCAUUGUUUAUUUCAAGUUCUUGGUACUGUAACUUUAGUUGGAAUACUCAAUCCUUUAGCAUUUAUACCAGCUAUAAUGGCUGCCAUUGCUAUGUUAAUUUUAAGAUAUCUAUUUGCUCGAUGUUUACGAGAUCUUAAACGAAUUGAAGGUAUUACAAGAAGUCCUGUUUAUUCACAAUUAACAUCAACUAUUCAUGGUCUUAAAGUUAUACGAUCAUAUCAUGCUGAAAAUGUAUGUUCUAGUGAAUUUCUUCAUAAUCUUAAUGAUAAUACUCGUGUUAAUUAUUUAUUAAUUACAACAAAUCGAUGGGCUGCUAUUCGUUUUGAUUGGAUUGCACUUGCUUUUAUUGUUCUUGUUACAUUACUUGCCAUGAUUGUACGUCUUAUACAACGACAAUUUUCAGCAGCAGAUAUUGCUCUUACACUUUCAUAUAGUCUUAAUCUUAUGGGUCUUCUACAAUGGACUAUUAGACAAUCAGUUGAAGUUGAAACACAAAUGACAUCAGUCGAACGAAUACUUGAAUAUUGUGCACUUGAUCAAGAAUCACCUGCACAAGUACCAUCAAAAUAUCGUCCACCUACAAAUUGGCCAUCUCAUGGUGAAAUUAUUUUUAAUAAUGUUAGCAUGUCUCAUUCAAAUGAACCAGAUGCAUCUCUUGCUUUAAAUAAUAUUUCAUUAAUUAUACGAGCUAGUGAAAAAAUAGGUAUUGUUGGAAGAACAGGUGCUGGUAAAAGUUCAUUUAUUCAGACAAUAUUUCGAAUGGGUAUACUUAUUAAUGGACAAAUUAAAAUUGAUAAUAUUGAUAUAUCAACUAUUGGAUUAGAUGAUAUUCGACGUCGAAUUUCAAUUAUUCCACAAGAUCCUGUUCUUUUUACUGGAACAAUGAGAAGUAAUCUUGAUCAAUUUGGUGAUUAUUCGGAUGCUGAAAUAUGGCAUGCACUUGAACAAGUACAACUUAAAAAAUUAGUUAGUAAUGUUAUGCCUAAUGGUCUUCAUUCAAAUGUUAGUGAAGGUGGUUCAAAUUUAAGUGUUGGACAAAAACAAUUAGUAUGUUUAGCAAGAGCUAUAUUGAAACAGAGUAAAAUACUUGUAAUUGAUGAAGCAACAGCUAAUGUUGAUAAUACGUAA